AUGCCCAUCCCCCAGAAUGAACUUUCCUCGAGAGGGCGUCCAACACCUGCUGUCAACCAGAGCGAACCUCCUUCGCAAGCCAACAGCAACUUGACGCCGACUCUUACAGGCAGCACGCCGCGGAACGGCUCCUUCGAUCAAACACGUGAUCCCAUGGCAAGCGAACGCUCGCCGCUGCUUCGCCCUGGCCCGGACGACGAUGACCUGGGCGAUGGGAAUACCGUCCUCGGCGACAACGACGACUCACAGCAGACCAAGAGUGUUUGGUAUCUCAUACUCCUGACGAUCAGCAUCGGAGGCCUACAGAUUGCCUGGUCAGUAGAACUGUCCAACGGCUCGCCCUACUUGCUGUCGCUCGGCCUGAGCAAGUCCCUAAUGGCCUUGGUCUGGAUAGCUGGGCCCCUCACCGGCACCCUGGUGCAGCCCUAUGUCGGCAUGCUCAGCGACAACUGCCGCGUUCCUUGGGGCAAGCGCAAACCCUUCAUGGUCGGCGGUACCAUCGCCACCAUCAUCUCUCUGAUGUUCUUGGCGUGGACCAAGGAGAUUGUCGGAAAUGUUCUUGGUCUUUUUGGAGCCCAUCCCGAAUCUCAGGGCGUCAGAAUCGCCAUCAUCUGCGCCGCCGUCGCUGGGCAUUUCAUCGUCGACUGUGCCCCCCCGCAUCAACAGGAGGCAGCCAACGCCAUGGCGAGCAGGAUCGUAGGAUUCGGCAACAUUAUUGGAUACUGCGCUGGAUAUGUCAACCUACCCCCACGCCUCUGGUUCCUCGGCGACUCGCAGUUCAAGAUCCUUUGUGCCAUCGCAAGCAUUGCGCUAGCAGCCACUGUCGCCCUGAGCACCAUUCUGAUCAAGGAGCGGGAUCCCCGACUGGAUGGGCCCCCCGCCAAGGCCGAUUCAGGAGUCUUGUCCUUCUUCGCCAAGAUCUUCACCUCCAUCAAACGACUGCCACCCCAGGUCAAGAAGGUUUGCCAGGUUCAGUUUUGUGCCUGGAUCGGCUUCUUUCCCUUGCUCUUCUAUACGUCUUCGUACAUUGGCGAGAUCUAUGUGGAGCCCUAUUUGCAGGCAAAUCCGCACAUGUCGCCUGAAGAACUCGACGAGCUGUAUGAACAAGCAACGCAAGUCGGCACUUUUGCGCUUCUGAUCAAUUCACUUGUCAGUCUUCUGACAAACGUCUUGCUCCCCUUCUUCAUUGCCCCGACAUACGACAGCCACCCAGUGGUUGGUGAUGUACCUGGGGAAUCGGAUAUGGGACCGAAGUACUACGACGACGAUAGCCCGCCGUGGCUCGACCGCCUUCAAAUCCCCGGUUUCACUCUGAAGAGGGCAUGGUUUGGGUCGUUGGUCUUGUUUGCUGGGGCCAUGUUCUGUACCGUCAUCGUCAGGACGGUCGAGGCUGCCACAGCUCUGAUCGGCUUGGUGGGUAUCACCUGGGCCAUGACGCUCUGGGCUCCCUGGGCCAUCAUCAGCGCGGAGAUCAGUCGACGAGAUGCGAUGGUCCGCGCCACGAAGCAACGCCGUCCGAGCAAUGAACGUUCAGCUCACGGCAGCAGCAGCGAAAGUGUCUCAUCCGACGUGCAUGUGAGGAGAGAUCGACACUCGAUCCAAAAUAUCCAAAGCGACGAUGAAGAGAUGGACCAGGCGGGUGUCAUUCUCGGUAUUCACAACAUGGCCAUUGCGGCACCGCAGAUCAUCGCUACCAUUGGUUCGAGCAUCAUCUUCCGGAUCUGGCAGAAGCCAAGGGGAACACCGGGCGACCACUCCAUCUCCGUCGUCCUGGCACUGGGUGGCAUUGCGGUUCUCGUCUCGUCCUUCUUCGUGGCGAGCAUUCACGAGAACACAUCCAUGCCGCUGGACGCCACGGCGGCAGCCGAGGAAGGAGACGGAGAAGGGAGCCGGCCGAUGACAGCUCGAAGCCGCAGUUACGGACAUUUGCCCCGUGCCACCCUACAGAGGGCAACUCUGACCAGGAAUAAGAGUUUUGGUGGAUUGGAGUACUAA